AUGCCCAAUCCCUUGGCCGAGAUGGAGCUGCUGGGCUUCUGGGGCCUUAAGCUCGUGGCGACAGUGACGGAUUGCCACAUGUCCGACAGCGGCAGGGUGAUGACGGCUUUCGUCUUCAAAGUGGUCUCGUACAGGAACGAAGCAGCGUCGACAAUGUUGACUCCGGAACCUCUUCCGGAGUCCCUGGAGUACCUGCAGGCCCAAGUGGAAAGGGCCUUGGAUGAGAGACGGGAGCUGGAGCGAGUAAUGUGGGCAGCCCGGGAGGGGCGAGGUGGUCCUUCCAUGCUGUCCUGCAAGCAGCUGGAGACCAUCGAGUUGAGCACCAUGGGAGAGGCGGCAGAGCUGGAGGUGAAGCGCGCCCUCGAGGCCAUAACCGUGGUGCAGUACAGCAUGCCCAAUCCCUUGGCCGAGAUGGAGCUGCUGGGCUUCUGGGGCCUUAAGCUCGUGGCGACAGUGACGGAUUGCCACAUGUCCGACAGCGGCAGGGUGAUGACGGCUUUCGUCUUCAAAGUGGUCUCGUACAGGAACGAAGCAGCGUCGACAAUGUUGACUCCGGAACCUCUUCCGGAGUCCCUGGAGUACCUGCAGGCCCAAGUGGAAAGGGCCUUGGAUGAGAGACGGGAGCUGGAGCGAGUAAUGUGGGCAGCCCGGGAGGGGCGAGGUGGUCCUUCCAUGCUGUCCUGCAAGCAGCUGGAGACCAUCGAGUUGAGCACCAUGGGAGAGGCGGCAGAGCUGGAGGUGAAGCGCGCCCUCGAGGCCAUAACCGUGGUGCAGUACAGCAUGCCCAAUCCCUUGGCCGAGAUGGAGCUGCUGGGCUUCUGGGGCCUUAAGCUCGUGGCGACAGUGACGGAUUGCCACAUGUCCGACAGCGGCAGGGUGAUGACGGCUUUCGUCUUCAAAGUGGUCUCGUACAGGAACGAAGCAGCGUCGACAAUGUUGACUCCGGAACCUCUUCCGGAGUCCCUGGAGUACCUGCAGGCCCAAGUGGAAAGGGCCUUGGAUGAGAGACGGGAGCUGGAGCGAGUAAUGUGGGCAGCCCGGGAGGGGCGAGGUGGUCCUUCCAUGCUGUCCUGCAAGCAGCUGGAGACCAUCGAGUUGAGCACCAUGGGAGAGGCGGCAGAGCUGGAGGUGAAGCGCGCCCUCGAGGAGAUGUUCCACUGA